GGCGGCGCUGGGGCUCCGCAGCCAGUGAGCAGCAGCCAGGCAGGGAGCCGGGCAGAGGCAGCUCCAGCAGCAGCGUCUCAGCAGCUGAACUCGGACCAGCGACUCCCGGCCCCGCGCAGGAUGUUCCCGCUCCGAGUGUGGCAGUCGCCUGACUAUGGCCCCGUGUGGCUCCGCAGCAGAGCCCCAGCGUCCAGCCUCCUGGGGCCGGGUCCCCACAGCCUCUUGGAGCAGCUGGUGGGGGACGUGCAGACGCACCUGGACGAGAUGGAGCGAAUGAGACACUCCCUCCUCCUGGCUUAUCCCCUUCUCUGCGGGGAGGGCGAGGGGAGCAGGACCCCGAGGCAGAGCAGCCAGACCCUGGCUGAGGGUGCUGGGAAGGAGCCCGGGUCCCAGGCGCAGGGGAAGGAGAGGUACCAGCUCUCCAUGGACGUGAGCGGCUUCUCCCCAGCUGAGCUGAUGGUGCGAGUGGACGGGAGGAAGCUGACGGUGACGGGGAAGCGUGAGAAGAAAACGGAGUCGGAGGCUGGAGUCCGCUCCCAGGAAUACAGAGAGAUCCGCAGAGAAACUCUCCUGCCGGAAGACGUGAACGUGCAGGCCGUGCUCUGCUCCCUGUCCCAGGAUGGGCAGCUCUGCGUCGAGGCGCCACGUCUGGCCCUGCCAGCGGCGCAGGGGAGAGACAUUCCCAUCAGUGUGUGCCAGGGGGUGAAGGCUGGAGAAGGAAACCUGCCCACGGAGGGAAAGGAACCGGGGAGCAGCGAGAUGGAGACAGGAGGAAAGAGCGAGGAGACCAGCCCCAGAGAUUCCUGAAACCAGCCCCCGGCUCCAGUAACCCCCGGACUCUGGUUCAUUGACUUUACUCAGCCCAGCUAGCGAGGCUGUUGUAAUUUGUCAACACUUCUGAGCCUGUUCCUCGGCUUUGUCUCUACUCUGCUCGCUGACUGUUUCUGUGUUUGAGGAAGAUGUCAGAUGCUCUGUGACGCUGUACAGCACAGUUGGUGUUCAGAAUUUUUUACCUUGUUACUGUGAUAACUAAACUUGUUUUGUACUGUAAAUAAAAUACUGUUGUAUGAA